AUGCUCUCACCACCAUGUCUUCGCCGCUUCGGAAGCACGAGUACCACGCCCGUUACAAUAUCCAAAGCCCUCGCCACCUCGUCGAACUCCCCGGCCUUCCCCCGAUUGAUCCGACCUGCCCCUUCGGCAUCGGUGCGGUCGUUCUCCUCGACCCCGUCCACACGGCAUGGCCACGUCGAGCCGCCGAAGCCAGGCGAGGAGCUAUGGGUCACCUUCAUUGACAAGGACGGCCAAGAACACAAGCUGGCCGUGUCAAAAGGCGACAACCUGCUGGAUAUAGCCCAGGCACAUGACCUUGAAAUGGAAGGCGCAUGCGGCGGGUCUUGCGCUUGCUCCACAUGCCAUGUCAUCGUACAAAACGAGGACCUAUACGACAAGAUGCCAGAGCCCGACGACGACGAGAACGACAUGCUGGAUCUGGCCUUCGGCCUGACCGAGACCAGUCGACUGGGAUGCCAGGUCGUCAUGGCCCCAGAGCUGGAUGGCCUGGUGGUGAAGCUGCCGUCCAUGACCAGGAACCUGCAGGCUAGCGAUUUCAAAUAG